AUGAGUUCAGCAGCGGCGGCGGGCAAAGCUUGGAUGGUGGCGGCCAGCAUAGGCGCGGUGGAGGCGCUCAAAGACCAAGGGGUGUGCCGGUGGAAUCACGUGAGAUCAAUCCACCACCACGCCAACUCCAAACUCAGAUCCCUCGUCUCUCACCCGGCUAGAAACCUGUCUUCUUCAUCAUCCUCUACUUCGGCUGAGGAGAUGGUGAGCAUCGGUGGAGCUGCGAGGAAAACAGAGGCCUCGUUUGACAGAGUGAUCGGAAGAUGGAGGGAGUCCUUGAUCCUCUGGAUGGUGCACGACAACAGGUUGUUCACCUUAUCCACCGAAUCCGCCGCCAGCUUCCCCACUGGCAGGUUGUUCACCAAGAUCUGGAACCCAAUCGUCACAACGCACCCGCUCAUCACCACUCCCUCAUCCACCCCGGCAGCGGCCUGUCCUUCCUCGCCGCCAACAUCAUUCUGCACUAUCCCGCCGUGGCCGUCGGGCAGAACGACAAACCCCGACGGCAGCAGCGCCACGAACCUCCCUUCCCCGCCGUUCAGAUUGAUGGCAGUUGUGAGGGUAGAGAAAUAG